UUGUCCCGGAAGUGGCCACGUUGACGGAGCGCGGGGACAAUUCGGCAGAGUUUUGAAACGUCGACAAUUAAGAGAACCAAUUACCAUCAGAAUUAGCAUAAACAGUUGCCAUUGUCGUCGUCGAUUAAUAUCGAUAGCAUCACCCUCUAUUGUUCAACACGUUGGUAACGUAAACGCCACCGACGUAAUCGUCCAUUGAAACCGUCACAGUGUUCAUUGACGGUAUUGACGCGAUAUCAACAUUACCAGUUUACUCAUUGAAAAUAUUGACAGCACCGUAGACAUGAUCAAGGCUGUCAUCUUAAUCGGAGGCCCUCAAAAAGGCACGCGGUUUCGUCCCCUGUCACUCGAUGUGCCCAAGCCGCUCUUUCCUGUGGCUGGAUUCCCUAUCAUCCAACACCACAUCGAGGCCUGCAGUCAGGUGCCGAACCUAAAGGAGGUACUGCUCAUCGGAUUUUACCAGCCGAGUGAGGUGCUCAGCCGCUUUAUUGUGCAGGCGCAGCAGGAGUUCAAAGUCUCGAUAAGAUACCUGCAAGAGUACACAGGACUGGGCACAGCUGGCGGACUGUAUCACUUCCGUGACCAGAUCCUGGCGGGGGGUCCGCGGGCAUUCUUUGUCCUGAACGGGGAUGUGUGCGCCGACUUCCCGCUCGUUGCCAUGCUGGGAGCGCGGGACGCGGCCAUGCACAACUUCACUGUCAUGUGCACGAACGCAAAUCGCAAGCAGUCGCUGAAUUAUGGCUGCAUAGUGGAAAACACAGAGACCCAUGAGGUAUUGCACUACGUUGAGAAGCCAAGCACCUUCGUAAGCGAGCUCAUCAAUUGUGGAGUAUACCUGUUCUGUCCAAAAAUCUUCCAGCACAUCGCUACCGUCUUUCAGCAAAAUCAGCAGGAGCUACUCAGGUGUGGGCUCGCCAGCGAGGAAGCGGCUAACGGCACCAGCUGGGCGCGUGCGGAGGUAGUGCGGCUGGAGCAGGACGUCUUCACAGCGCUGGCAGGACAGCGCUCGCUCUACACCUUCCACACCGACGGAUUCUGGAGCCAGAUAAAAUCUGCAGGCUCAGCAAUAUAUGCCAAUCGUCUGUACCUGGGCAGCUACCACAACACCCACCCAGAGAGACUUUCGGAAAAUGGGUCUGGCAAACCUAAGGUCAUCGGAGAUGUUUACAUCCAUCCCACAGCGAACGUGGACCCCACUGCUGUGCUGGGGCCGAACGUGACGGUGGGCAUGGAUGUUGCUAUCGGACCGGGUGUGCGGGUGCGUGAAUCCAUCAUUCUGCAGGGCUCCACGCUGCAGGACCACUGCUGUGUGCUCAACAGCAUUGUGGGCUGGGACAGUGUGGUCGGGCGCUGGGCGCGGGUGGAGGGGACCCCAAGUGACCCCAAUCCCAACGACCCUCUCGCCAAGAUGGACUCGGAGAGCCUCUUCAACACGGACGGCCGCCUCAACCCCUCCAUCACCAUCCUCGGCUGCAAUGUCUCCAUCCCAGCAGAAGUUGUGAUCCUCAAUUCCAUUGUUCUGCCACACAAAGAGUUGCAGCACAGCUUCAAGAACCAGAUCAUCCUCUAAGAGUAGAAAAAACAACCAGUCCAGAAGAUUAAACCAAAGGAACCAAGCAGAUCAUCUUAUGUUGCAAUAUAUAGAAAUAGGCCAGCAUAUCUGUAUGUUUAUCCCAAGAGAACCACCAAAAUGUUCAACAGCCUUGGUUGUGAUUAUAUACUCUGCCUGUUCGUGGUUGUUACUGGUAAACAGCAGCAGUAUAAGCCAAUGUUUAGAUAACAGUUAUAACUAAUUUACAUUGUUGAGAAACUAUGUUAAUCUAUACAGUAGUUGAAAGCUCUAAUCCCUCUUUGCAAUAUUUAUUCUAUCCACAAAAUAUGUUUAUUCAAUUAAAUUGCUUUUAAUUUAUAGCUACAUGUUAUAGCCAUGAGUAUAAUUUGUUUUGCUCAAUUACAUGAUAAAUAUGCAUUCACUUUAAUGUCAAAUGUUUAACCGUCUGCUUCCAUCCGUUGUUACAAACGUGCAUUUGUGCAAUACUGUACAAUGGCACAGCAAACCAUGGCAGUAUUCACUUAUUUUUCUUUGCAUUAUUGUGCUUUGCCAAAAAUCGUGCAGGAACCUGACUUGUGCAUUUCAUGAACAUCUUCCAACACGUACAUCCUCACCUGCAGGCAGUGGCACUCAUAAAUCUCCUGCUCGGCCAGCUCUACGGGCUAACGGCAGAAUUGGAAGUCAAGCCUCCAUGCCUCACCUCGUCUCGCCUCGCCUCGUCUAUUAGGCAAGGUUGCCUUUUGCAUGCGUCGAGAUAUAUUGCAUUCUCUACACUGCAGUGGUUGUUCAAGCUCAAGAGCUUUGGGGCACGUUUGACUCGAAAUGGCAGGGAGCAUUUCCCUUUAGAAAGAGUGGUCAGUGCCCCAUGUGGUUUACGCGCCGCUAUGCAGAGUGGGUAUCGAUAACCGUCACAGUCUGCAGUGGCAUGGAACCUGACAAGUGACCUACCCAUUGAUCAGAAUGCAUUUAAGCCAUGUUACAAAUGUAAAGACGUCACAUCGACGUAAAGAAGAGUAAAUGGGCGUUUGCUAACGAUGGACUGGCAGCCACAGGAGGGAACAUGCCCGAAAGGACGUUCACUGUGAAGAUGGUGAUGCAAUUAGCUCAUAUACAGGUGCUAUGUGGAUAUCAUUAGAGGGUGAGAUGGUUAUUGCUUGGGGAGGCCUUUAUCCAGGUGUGGAUCAUGGCUGAUGACUUUAAUUCGUGUGCUGUCAAAAAUUCACCAAUGCAGGUUUAAGUGUGCACUUCUGAAGUGAAUGAGAGCCCUUCGUAAAUGGUUGCUAGCAAUGGACCCUAACAUCACUGCUGCCUCCGUAUACCUGCACACAGAUCGUAGCGGUAUAUUUAUACGGUGUAGGUAUUUUGCAUGUAACGAUUUAUUGAUAAAAACAUUUUCUUAUG